CUAGACGCUGCGCGUCAGGAAGAAGCACGAAAACAGGCAGCAAAUCUUCUGAACGCCAUGUUGCAAGGGGACUUCCAGGUAAGGCUGGAUGACGACACGGUAAUGGAUGAGUUGAGGGAAACAUUCGAAAAAAGGAUUGUUGUACAUACCAUUCGCACAGACAAUGAGAACUGUACUCACGAGGUAGCAUUACCUCCCGAUACGCCAUUCGAGCCCCUGACAGUGAGAGAAACGGCACCAGCUAAAAGCUAUCCUUUUCAAUUGGAUGCCUUUCAAAGAGAAGCAAUUAUGUGCAUUGAGAACAGUCAGUCAGUUCUGGUAUCGGCACAUACAUCGGCUGGAAAAACAGUAGUGGCUCUAUAUGCAAUCGCACAAUGUCUUCGAGACAAGCAACGGGUAAUAUAUACAUCUCCUAUUAAAGCUCUAUCUAACCAGAAAUAUCGUGAGCUAGAAGAGGAGUUCGGUGAUGUUGGUCUUAUGACAGGUGACGUAACAUUGAAUCCUGAUGCCUCAUGUCUUGUGAUGACCACAGAAAUCUUGCGUUCUAUGCUUUACAGAGGUGCUGAAGUGAUGAGAGAGGUAGGAUGGGUAAUAUUCGACGAAAUCCAUUACAUGAGAGAUAAAGAACGAGGUGUGGUGUGGGAGGAAACAAUCAUCCUAUUGCCUGACAAUGUGCAUCACGCUUUUCUUUCUGCAACUAUUCCAAACGCACGACAAUUCGCCCAGUGGGUAUGUUUGCUGCACAGGCAACCCGUACAUGUUGUGUAUACGGACUAUCGCCCAACACCACUCCAACACUUCAUUUUUCCUGUUGGUGGUGAAGGUUUAUAUGAAGUGGUCAACAUACAAGGUCAAUUUCGUGAGGAUAAGUUUAUGCAAGCAAUGAGUGGAUUAGCUGCAGUCGGCGAUAAAGCUGCUGGAGGUGUACAACGUGGUCGUAAAGGUGGCAUGAAAACGGAUUCUAAUGUCGUGAAGAUUAUACGUACAAUCAAAGAGCGUGAUAUGCUACCUUGCAUAAUCUUUUCCUUCAGCAGGAAAGAGUGUGAAGCUUAUGCACUUUCACUCAAGGACAUGGAUUUCAAUGAUGAUGAAGAAAAGAAACUGGUACGUGAGAUCUUCAGCAGUGCUAUUGAUCUCCUCGGUGACGAAGACAGAAAACUCCCUCAAAUUGGGCAGAUUCUUCCCUUGUUGUUGCGUGGAAUCGGUGUGCAUCAUUCUGGACUGUUGCCAAUACUCAAAGAAACUGUAGAGAUAUUAUUCGGAGAAGGUCUUCUGAAGGUUACGCUGUUUGCGACUGAAACGUUUUCUAUGGGUCUGAACAUGCCAGCAAGGACAGUUUUGUUUACAUCGGCGCGGAAGUUUGAUGGUGUCGAUAACAGAUGGAUAACCUCCGGUGAAUAUAUCCAAAUGUCUGGGCGAGCUGGACGACGUGGUAAAGAUGACCGUGGACUUGUUAUUCUGAUGGUUGACCACAAAAUGAGUAGCGAAGACGCUAAGCAAAUUAUUAAGGGUGCAACGGAUCCUCUCAACUCACAGUUUCGCCUCACAUAUAAUAUGGUUUUGAACCUGCUUCGGGUCGAAGGAGUCAAUCCAGAAUUCAUGCUGGAACGAUCCUUUUAUCAAUUCCAAAAUUACGAUUACUCUCCUUUUUGGACUACUCACUUCCAGAUCGCAAAUCUAAAAACGACUAUUAAGAAGACUAUAUGUAUGCCGAAAUACCUAGUUCCCUUCCUUCAUGCUGGAAGAAUGAUCCAUGUAGGUUCUGGUACUCGUGACUUUGGUUGGGGAGUUUUGAUUAAUUUUCAUAAAAAAGUUAACGUCGACGAUAAUACGCAAAUGGUCUACAUUCUGGAUGUAAUUGUUUUGUUUUUUAACUUCCAUUCACGUAAAAAUCAUAUACGAAUACCAUUCAGGUUUUCAUGGGCUGUUGUUUGCUCUUCGUUUCAGAGUGUCUUGUCACGAUUUAAUAAGAAUGUUCCACUACUUCAUCCUGUGAAAGAUAUGCGUAUUUCUGAGCCUGCACUCGUUAAUGCUGUUGAAAAAAUUGCUGAUCUGGAGCAACGCAGUCAAGAACACCCACUGCGUAAACUGAGGGAGUUCGAAGAUAUCAAAAAGCAGUGGCUUGCUAAGGACCAAGCCAAGAAAGAACAUCGGAAUUUACGUGAGGAAUUACGUAAAGCGCAAUCUGUUCUACAUAUGGAAGAGCUCGGUCAGAGGAAGCGGCUACUGCGCCGUCUUCAGUACGCUGAUAACUCUGACAUAAUCACUGACAAGGGACGCUGCGCUUGCGAAUUGUCUGCUUCAGAUGAGUUGAUGCUUACGGAAAUGUUGUACGCUGGUGUGUUCAGUGACCUGACUUCAGCUCAAGUCGCGGCACUUUUGUCUUGCUUUGUUUUCGAAAAUGCGAAAACUCCGAAACUGGCCGAGGAAUUAUCGGGUUGCCUUCGAAAACUUCAUGAACACGCUCGUCGUAUUGCAAAGCUAGCAAUAGAGUGUAAACUGGAAAUAGUUGAAGACGAAUAUGUGGAGUCCUUUAAACCGGGAAUGAUGGACGUCGUUUUCCAGUGGGCAAACGGUGCAUCUUUUGGCGAAGUCAUGAAGAAUACAGAUAUUUUCGAAGGCUCUAUCAUUCGCUGCCUCCGUCGGCUCGAAGAGGUACUGAGGGAGAUGGUGAAUGCGGCUAAGUCGAUGCAAAAUCAAGCGUUGGAAGAAAAGUUCGAAGACGCUCGCGUUCGGAUCAAGAGGGACAUAGUGUUUGCAGCUUCGCUCUAUCUCUAG